AUGCGCCUAUCAAAGAGACGCGUGUUAAAACGACACUCGUCUAAACAGGGUGCUGCUGAAAGCUGCGCCGAACGCAUAAAACCGUAUCUACUACUGUUCAAAGUAUGCGGAUUGUUUGCCAAUGAUGUCACGGGAGGUACAGUGAAACAUUGCCCCUGGCCCACUUACGAAGAUUUUGAUCUCGUAACAAUAGUACGAUUCUCGAAACAUAUUACCGGAUAUAUAAGCAUGAGUACUGUGACUAUUACUGCUUAUUCUUCGCAAAAUGACUUCAUUAAGUGUCUACUUUCUCCACAGAUUUUCGACCGAUUGGACGCUUACGACUAUAAAGCGGCACGAAUAAAGAACAAAAGAACGGAUAGCGCAUGGAUAAUUUGGAUCGUUACACUUUUGAUAACCUUCGUUAUUCUGUUACUUAUAUACGCGACAUAUAUAGAGAUAGUAAAAUUUCCGAGCGACUACGUCUUCUUCCUAUCAAAUACUUACGCAAUAAUCUUACAUAUGUAUUUUUUUCUGGAACAGUUUAUCUUGUUGUACAAGGUGUUGGAACGCUUCAAACAUCUGAACAAGAAUAUCGCGGCGAAUGUGUCGUGGGACGAAAAGCGACGUGAAUCAAACACAAUAGAUAUAUCGGAUGUAAAAAUUAUGCAUUUGAUGCUUUAUGACGCUCACGUAGCUUUCAAUAAUAUUUACAGAAAUUCUCAAUUAUCUUGCAUAGCAUAUCUCAUGAUGUGCAUUGUUGCGAACAUUAGUUUCUUUCGGGAGGAAAGCCUAUUGAUAGCCAGCACUAAUGUCGGUCCUCCGUUGAUGCUCUUGCUACUUAUAUGCAUAAUUUGUCAUCAAACAGCCGAAGAGGCAAACAACAUCGCGUGUGUCUUGAACAAAGGUAUGACCGUGUUUGUUAAUCCGGGAAAAACAAUGGCUAAAAUUAGUACGUUGACGUAUUUCUUACAUUAUCGCGUGUCUUUCGAUGCGGCAGGAUUUUUCAUAAUUGAUUUGCCCUUUUUUCAAUCCAUUGUUGCGGCAAUAACUACUUAUUUCAUAAUACUGGUGUGAUCUUUUGGCCAAAAUAUUUAUUGCAUAUAUAUCUGCAUAUUCCAGUAAAACAAAUGUAAAUUUAAUAACAAAAGUCAUUGUAAAGCGCCACAUACGACAACUAUGCAAAAGUGUAUACCAGGUUUAACGAUCGUCUAAAUUUAUUAACCGACAAGAUGAUGGUAUCUUGUGACACAGAUUCCAAACAAGCUUAAU